AUGUCGGACUUUGUGCCCCCCCUUAUACCACAGCUCAAUAGGCAAUUGAGCUUGAUACCAGUAGGCUUAAAGGAAGCAGCCCUCGAUUCACCAACCUUUCGCGCGACUGCAGUUCACUUCUCUGAUCAAGUAGAGAUACUUGAAAAAUGGCUCGACGCCUACGUAAGAUCUAUUACCAAACUCGUUCACGAUGCUUUGUCAUUGGAGGAAGCAUUCAAUAACUUUCUCUUUCGAUCGAUUCCUCCUGCGAACGUUUCCGAAGCCGUCCUCGAUCAUGACUAUACUCUGCUGGCAAUGCAGAGAUUUGGGGAAGGGUCCAAGGAAUGGUGGUCGCAGAUCAUGACAGGUACCAGGAAAAUCGAUACGAAUAUAUGCGAGCCCAUCAAAGCAUUCAUGGCUUCUGAGCUACGGAAUUUCAAAGACGCCCGACGAUAUUUAGAGCAAUCGCAGAAGACAUUUGAUUCUACGCUAGCGAGAUACGUGGCUCAGUCAAAAACAAAAGAGCCUUCAGCGCUGCGAGAGGAUGCUUUUCAAGUACACGAAACGAGAAAGGCAUAUCUAAAAGCAUCUUUAGACUUUUGUCUGCUUGCACCCCAACUACGAUAUACAAUUGAUAAAUUACUUGUGAGGGUAUCGACUGAUCAAUGGAGGGAGAUGAAAAAGUCAAGAGAGGUCUCUUCAUUACAUCUUGCGAAAUGGAAUGGUGAAAUGGAUCGUGUGCGAGGGUGGAGCAAAGAAAUGGAGGCUGGUGAGGCAACUUUCCGACGUGAACUGCAGCUUGCCAGGCGAGAUAUUGCGGAGACUGCAUCUCAAGCCACAAAACCUUCCAGAGAAUUAGAGGACUAUAAUCUUUCCACAGUUGCCUAUCUUGGCUCGAGAGGUCCCUCAACGGUCAGUAUUCUACCUCACAGUAAGCAGACGGACCGAACUGAGAAACAAGACUGGCUAUUUCUAAGGACAAUAUCUGGUAAACCGGCAAGAACUGUAUGGGUUCGUCGCUGGUUUUAUGUUAAAGAUGGUAUCUUUGGUUGGCUAGUUCAAGGGAUACAGUCAGGAGGAGUCGAGGAGAGUGAGAAGAUUGGUGUCCUCCUUUGCAAUGUGAAACCAGCUGUCCAGGAAGAUCGAAGAUUUUGCUUUGAAGUCAAAACUAAGAAUCAAACAAUUUUGGUUCAAGCCGAGACUCAGGCUAUCCUCAUGGAAUGGCUCGAAGCUUUUGAACUUGCAAAAAAUAAAGCUCUCGAGGCUAGUGCGAACCCUAGAACUCUCCGUGCUGGAGGAAUCGAUCCUGCAUUCGCUAUAACCCCGCCCUCCAUUCCAGAAUUUGCUGCCAAAAAUGCAGACGGUCAAAUUUCAUAUGGGAGUGAAGAUCCGCCUGAAAGGUCCGGUACGUUACCUCUGCCUGGCAUAGAGUUUGUAGGAAGGAAUAGUUCUGAUAUCGUCCCUGCCCGUCGUUCCGUCACUUCGAGAGAAGAGGGCGAGACUAGUCGAGAGCAUGCUGCCAGAAUCAUGCAAAAACUGGAUUUGCAUAGAAAGUCGACAAGCAUGCAGUCAAGUGAACCUCCAAGUGCACCACAAUCCGCUGCAGGUGGUAUCGCCGGCUUGAUAUCAUCAAGUCAUGCGAUUCUUCCGGUUUCUACGGCUUCAAAUACAACGACCACCGCUAAUACUCUUCCCAAUCCACAAAUUACACUGCAAUCACCAACUCAAGAUUAUACUGCAAGUACUUUAGCACCGUCGACACUCAUAAACCCACCCGCUCCUACAAAUUUGAGCAAAUCGGCAGUAAUUGUUAGCGGAGAGCGAGGAAUCGGUGUCAGUCAGAGCGAUGCCAGCGGAGGAAUUUCCAGUGGUAUCAUGGCCAAUUUAUGGGGCAGUAGCAACUGGGGAUAUAUUAAUCGUCUUGAGAAAGGAGAGGUUAGAAUUCCAAGUUUUGGAAUUCGCUCUGCACCUGGAAGUCCACGCAUAAAGCCGUUAGAACCAUCUCCUAAGAUAGGUACGGACGAGAAUUUGAAACCCGAUGGACAUGGGUCUGCAAAAAGCCCCAUUAGUCCAUCAACUGAUUCUUUAUCAACACCAGUUCCCUCGACCGCGACCCACCGAAAAUCCGCCAGUGCUAGUAUCGAUAUUGAAGUUGCGCGUGCAGCGAGUCAAUCUGCUUUCAAACCAGAAGCAUAUCCCAGCAACUACCCAAUACAGCUGAAGACCCAAGAUGCACAAUUCAGAAUCUUAUUUCAGGAUGUUCCGCGGGAAGACAAAGUCAUACUUGUCUUCCGUGCGACUUGGAAUCCAAAUGAACAGCAUGAUUUUCCUGGAAGAGUUUACGUCACUCAAAAAGACAUAUACUUCUAUAGCCAUCAUUUAGGACUUGUUUUGAUAACUGGUGUUAAGUUAGCUAGUAUUAGUGAGGUUACAGCGGCUCCGGGCAGAGAUUGUGACUUCUUAUUUCUUCAUCUCCUCGAUACUUCACUGGAUACAGGAUUUACUAGGAUCACCAUCAAAACAUUCCUAGAACCACUUCGAUUGCUACAAUCGAGGUUAAAUUUCUUGGUUGAUAUAAACCAAGCUGAGAAUCCAAUGAGCUUGGAAGAUAUCAUGACAGCAUUAAUCAAAAUGGAGCACGAAGACCCUACUAGAAGUCCUAGCAUGGAAAGUUGGGAAGACGUUGAUGUUAAUACACCAGCCGAUGAUGGAACAACUCUGGGUCAUUCCCAUAGUCGUAGAGAUCGUGACCUUAGGGCUUCGUUGCAUGUUGAACGUACACUGAAUUUCAAUAGAAAAGGGAAGGAUGUGCAAAAGUUCCAGCUCCCUUCUCAACCUGUUAUUUAUGAACCACCCGACAUGCAACGAAAGACAGUCGAGCGAGAAUUUGGCAUUAGUCCGAAGGCACUCUUCCACCUCAUGUUCGGCGACAAAAGCGCAGUAUUUCAACUACUUUACCAUGAACGAAGAGCGACAAACAUUGCUCAGGGCCCUUGGAUUCAUCUCGACGGAAAUCACAUGCGUCGGGACUUUGAGUUUCAGACUGACUACAUUGAUUCCUGGCGAAGAUCACGACAAGCAAAUGUUGUCGAUUAUCAGGUUAUCGACGUCAUGAACGAUCAUGUAUGUUAUGUUGUUACGGAUUUCAAGACCCCUUGGCAUCUACCACAUUUCCAAGAUUUUAUGCUGGUCUCCAAAAUUGUUAUUACUCAUAUCGCCAAAUCAAAGUGCAAGCUGGCGAUCUUUACAAAAGUUGAAUGGUCCAAGUCUCCCAAAAUUGGCAAAGGUCUUGUUGAAAGACAGGCUUUAGACGACUGUGCAAUGGAUGCUGAGGAUUUAGUCGAUGUUAUAGCUGAUCAAGUUCGAAAGUUGGGGCCUAACAGUAGGACGAAGAAAGCUAUUCAUAUUUACGGGCAUGUGGGCCAUCAGACAACGGUCUCACUUUUCGCGGCCAACGACGCAAGCCAGUCAAAAAGACCACAAAUCAAGCAACGUACACUCACAAACAUGUUACUUGAGACACUAAGCUCGUUUGGUGAAAGUGUUAUAUCUUCAGUAAUGAUGUGGACUUUUGCGGUGUUCCGAUCUAUAUGGAAAAUCUCAAGCGCACACACUAUUCUCUUGAUCGCAUUGUUUUUGAGUAUUUUGAUAAAUGCAUUCCUUACUGGCCGUGAUACAUCAGAAUGGUGGACAGAACGAAAUGCAGCAAGGUUCAUGAAUAGGAUGGGAGUUGGGCCAAAUCCAAGCAUGAGCAAAGCGAUUUACAUGAAGGAUCUCGACGAAGCUGUGAACAAUCUAUCGACAUUUCAUAAUCGUCACCAGAGCAAAUGCUACACACAAUUCAUGGAAAUUGCAAAUGUUACAGAUCUUGACGCUCCUUAUGCAAUGGCAGGGACACCAUUCAGCAGGACGUCAACACAAUCGACAGCUAAGAGACUUCGGAGAACCCGUCAGAACCUGGGUUCAUACCGAUAUGACCUAUUGAUCGCUAUGAGAGUGGUCAACAAUAUCGAGAGAAACGUGCUAGAAGCGGAAUGGGAGAAUUGGCUUCUGGAUGAAAACAUGAGGUGCAAACAAGCUCAAAUGAUGUUGCGAGACAAUCGAGCAAAUACCCUGCCAAUUAGUAAAAUUAAGGGGCUUCCAAGCCAAAAAGUUCUCCAGGGGGAGGAUAAUAUGAACGAACUUAGGGAAUGGCAUCAAGAGUAUUGCGGCAGCUGUAAAGCAGAGCAAGAUUUACUCACACGUGGAGGGGAAAAUGAAAAAUUUGGUUAA